ACAAGGAAUAAAUAAAGCUCCUCAGGAAUCGAAUCAUCAUCAUCAUCGAUCAAACUCGGCAAUGGUGAAGCUAAUGAAUUUGAGACCCGUUUGAAUCCUCCGGCGCUCAAAUCGAUUCCCAAAUUCACUGGAGCGCUAGGGUUUGAUUAUGUUGUCGAAUCAUCUUCAGAACGGGAUCGGAUCCGCCAAGCAUAUCUGGUCUCGUAUCCCGGAAUUCGACGAUUCCGCCGCCGACGGCGUCGAGCAGCUUAGUUCCAGCCGCGAUGGAGACGGCGUUGAGAGCCUCGACUACGAGGUUGUCGAGAACUACGCUUACCGAGAAGAGCAGGCGCAGCGAGGAAAGCUCUAUGUUGGGUACUAUGUCGCCGUCAAAUGGUUUUUCUCUUUGCUCAUCGGGAUAGGUACUGGAUUGGCAGCUGUUUUCAUCAAUCUCUCAGUCGAGAAUUUUGCCGGAUGGAAAUUUGCCCUCACGUUUUCCAUCAUCCAGAAGUCGUAUUUUGCUGGCUUUAUCGUUUAUGUAUUCAUCAAUCUCGCACUAGUCUUCUCUUCUGCGUAUAUCAUUACCCAAUUUGCUCCUGCUGCGGCCGGCUCUGGUAUUCCUGAGAUUAAGGGUUAUCUGAAUGGAAUUGAUAUUCAUGGGAUCCUGCUCUUUAGAACCCUCAUUGGAAAGAUAUUUGGAAGCAUCGGUUCUGUUGGCGGUGGCUUAGCAUUGGGAAAAGAAGGUCCUCUUGUACAUACAGGUGCCUGCAUCGCGUCCUUGCUUGGUCAGGGUGGAUCUACGAAAUAUCAUCUGAAUUCUCGUUGGCCGCAGCUUUUCAAGAGUGACAGAGAUCGACGAGAUCUUGUCACUUGUGGAUGUGCAGCUGGAGUUGCCGCUGCUUUUAGAGCUCCAGUUGGUGGAGUGUUAUUUGCACUAGAGGAGGUCACUUCUUGGUGGAGAAGUCAACUCAUGUGGCGUGUCUUUUUCACUUCAGCCGUGGUAGCUGUUGUGGUUCGAACUGCAAUGGGAUGGUGCAAGAGUGGAAAAUGUGGCCACUUUGGUGCAGGUGGUUUCAUCAUAUGGGACGUAUCUGAUGGCCAAGAUGACUACUACUUCAAGGAGUUAUUGCCGAUGGCUGUAAUUGGAGUUAUCGGAGGCCUUCUUGGGGCAUUGUUCAACCAACUUACCCUCUAUAUAACAUCUUGGCGUCGGAAUUCUUUGCACAAGAAAGGCAAUCGGGUUAAGAUAAUUGAAGCAUGCAUCAUCUCCUGUAUAACUUCAGCGAUCUCAUUUGGGUUACCCCUCCUAAGGAGGUGUAGCCCAUGCCCUGAAGCAGAUCCUGGUUCUGGUAUUGAAUGUCCACGGCCUCCAGGAAUGUAUGGGAAUUAUGUAAAUUUCUACUGCAAGACAGAAAAGGAAUACAAUGAUCUUGCAACAAUUUUCUUCAAUACUCAGGAUGAUGCCAUACGGAAUUUGUUUAGCGCCAAUACAAUGCAUGAGUUUAGUGCUCAGAGUCUGUUGACUUUUUUGGCUAUGUUUUACACGUUAGCAGUGGUGACAUUCGGAACUGCUGUUCCUGCUGGUCAGUUUGUUCCAGGAAUAAUGAUAGGAUCAACUUAUGGACGCCUUGUUGGCAUGUUUGUCGUCAGGUUUUACAAGAAGCUCAACAUAGAGGAGGGAACUUAUGCCUUGCUGGGAGCUGCUUCUUUUCUUGGUGGCUCAAUGAGGAUGACAGUAUCUUUAUGUGUUAUCAUGGUUGAAAUCACAAACAACCUGAAACUUCUGCCUCUUAUAAUGCUGGUUCUUCUGAUCUCAAAGGCUGUUGGUGAUGCUUUCAAUGAGGGAUUAUAUGAAGUACAAGCACGGCUGAGGGGCAUUCCAUUACUGGAAUCCAGACCCAAGUACCAAAUGCGGCAAAUGACUGCAAAGGAAGCAUGCAAAACUCAGAAGGUCAUUUCCUUGCCUCGAGUUGUCAAGGUUGCAGAUGUUUAUUCUAUUUUGCGCACCAAUACACACAACGGAUUUCCUGUAAUUGAUCACACAAGAAGCGGCGAAACACUUGUCAUUGGCUUAGUCCUUCGUAGUCAUUUGCUUGUUCUCCUUCAAUCAAAGGUUGAUUUUCAGCACAGUCCUUUGCCUUGUGAUCCAAGUUCAAGAUCUAUCAGGCACAAUUUUAGCGAGUUUGCUAAACCCGUUUCAAGUAAAGGGAUAAACAUAGAUGAUAUACAUCUAACUACAGAUGAUUUAGAGAUGUACAUAGAUCUUGCUCCAUUUUUAAAUCCAUCUCCAUAUGUUGUUUCUGAAGACAUGUCACUGACAAAGGUGUACAACCUUUUCCGGCAACUCGGGUUGAGGCAUCUAUUUGUCGUCCCCCGUCCUUCUCGUGUGAUAGGUUUGAUCACCAGAAAAGAUUUGCUAAUUGAGGAAAACGGGGAAUCUUCCUCAAUGGAGCUCCAACAGGCAACUAGUGUAAGAGCUCAGUACGGUGAGAGAGGAAUGUGGACAAGAAACUCAGACACGACACGUCCGCUCCUAAACGAUCUGAUAGGCUAAAUGGACACAACAUAGAAAGCAGUUGAAUAUGUUCACUGUCCUAAUCUUCUCCAAAGGUAAUAUUUUUUUGCCGUUUUGAGUCUGGAGUUUUCCCCCUCAAACCCCCGUACAAAGGAUGAUGAUGUUAAGAUAGGAUUGGUGUUGUUUAUUAGCUGUCUAUUUGUGUGGAUGAACAGAAUAUAGGCGAUUAUUGUUGUAACAUACAGAUUUUUUUUUUUCUUAUUUUGGACCGACUGUACAAUCUUUAAUUCUUUGGCAAUCAAAGUAAAAAAUCCACCCU